AGUUUAACAGGAAGGGAUGAAUGUAAAAUAUUUGAGUGGUGGGAGAUCAGCCGGGAGCGUUGAACAAAGGUCGUCCGCGUCCUGAGAAGUGCCGGCGAGUUAGACCGUACAAGACACUCACCAGCUCGACAUCUGAAACUAUUAGUGGUACAUAAGAUACCGUAAUCCAGAUCACAUCUCGUGGAGGUUUAAUAAUACAAACUAUUACAGGCAGAGUGGCGGUGUUAUUUGUGAUAACAUGGCAGCGGCUACCAGCGUUGUCGUUCUCGAUCGGGGCAACAAUACCACCUGCACUAUUAAUUUACACGGAGCUACAGUAGUUUCUUGGAGGGUUAACAAUCAAGAACAGCUGUUCGUUAGUAAGCAAGCGGUGUUCGACGGGAAGAAGGCCAUUAGAGGUGGAAUUCCAUUUGUCUUUCCUCAAUUCGGAGCGUGGUCAUUUGGACCAGGGCAUGGGUUUGCCAGGAUCAUGCGUUGGAAUGUUGAAAAAUCACCUGAAAGAUUACCGAGUGGUGAUGUCGAAGCGAUAUUUUCAAUAAUGGACAAUGAGUUCACUCGUUCCAUGUGGAAUUAUCCAUUUCGAUUAACUUACAGGCUGAUUUUACGUGAAAAAGAGCUUCAUUUUAACAUCGGCGUUUACAACCCCAGCAAAGAGCACACUUUCAGCUUCAAUUUACUCUUGCACACAUACUUCAAGGUCCCCGAUGUCAGAAGGUGUCAAAUAACUGGUCUCCAUGGCUGUACUUUCAUCGACAAGACGAGGGAUAAUCAAAUAUUCCAAGAAGGCUUAGAUGUCGUUACCGUCCGCGAAUGGACUGACAGAAUUUAUCAAAACACUCAGCCCGAGCAUAUAAUAACUAACGUAGUGUCGGGACGUAAAAUGCGCGUUCAAAAGUACAACUUUCCCGACACAGUUAUUUGGAAUCCGUGGCAAGAAAAAGCUCGAGACAUUCCUGACUUUGGCGACGACGAAUUUCCAAAUAUGAUUUGCGUCGAAAGUGGACACGUCAGCAGCCCGGUUAUACUUUUGCCAGGAACGGCUUUUGAGGCUAGUCAAAUCCUUCAGGUCAUGUGAGUAGAGGGUGGAGUAUCAUCGAGCCAAGUGCCGUCAAAUAAUUCCGUCUCAUCGGACCACUUUCUUCCUGCAUCGGGUACUUUGUCACCAGCGCGUCCACGCGCAACUGUUGGCUGGCCGGCCAGUCCACCAAAUUGGCUCUAUGUUCAAUCUCCAAUGCAGACACCCACGACACCUAAUCAUCACCAUCUUCAUCACCACCACCACCAUCACCAUCCGUCGCAUCACUACUCAAACUGUAUUACACAGUCUUGUUCAAUCUGUUCUCUCAAUCUCUAGAUACUUUGCUGGUAUAAACAAAUCAUGUACCAGCUUGUCAAUCAAUUUUUAUCAGAUAGUCUAGAUAGACUAUUGUUAUUAUUAUUUUUAUUACUUUUACUAUUAACAUUGCGGUAUAGUAACGCAGUCUAUCAGGUUGAUAUACAUUCCCAAUAGCUUAUUCCUUGGGCGUUGUCUCAAGAUGACUGGUGAUUUUUUAUUAUUAUUAUAUUUACUUUAAUCCCGUUGAUGUUACAGAUAAAGCAAUGGUGCUAUUGUAAGUUACUGUAGAUUUAGAUAUAGAGAAUCAUUAAUUUAAUCAGCCCACCGACUUUAAAUCGUAGGGUCUGUUCUUGUUUCUAUUUUUAUUAUUUUUAUUAAUUAUUAAUUAUUAAUGUUUUUACCGUAACCGCAUUGACAUGUGAAUUACAAGCAAUAGUUAAUUUUAAAUACUGAAGAUUAAGGACAUUGUCAGACAGUACCCCAUUUUUUUUAAAUUUCAACUGUCAUAAUUGUAUUAAAACUUUAUUAAUUAAUUAAAAAAAAAUUGAAACUUUAAUUUCAAAAAGGAUAACGCAGAAGUAAUUUCGCUGAGAAAUAAAAUUUUUAAAAAAUUACUUACAGUUGACAUCAAUUAGGAGUUAAACGAGAUUUUGGAAAUAAAUUUCAGUAAAUUUUUCAUGUCAAUUUUUUAAUUCGAAUUUUUAAAUCUCGUAGACUAAAAUUUUCAAAAUUUCAUUUAACUCUCAAUUGAUAUCAACUGUAAGUAAUUUUUUUUAAAUUCUAUACAUCAGUGAAAUUACUUCUACGUGUUCCUUUUUUUAAUUAAUUAAUUAAUUAAAUUUUGAUAUGCUUCUGACAAUUCAAAAUCAUUUAAAAUUUUUAAAAAGUGGGGGCACUGUGAGAAUGGCGCUAAGGUGAUUCUCAGCCGGUGCCCCCACUUUUUCAAAAUAUUAAAUAAUUUUAAAUUGUAAUGACUGUAUUAGAAUUUUAAAAAUGAAUUAAGAAAAAUUUAAAGCAUAAAUUUAAAAACGGACAACGCAGUUACAAUUCCGCCGAGAUAUUGAUUUUUAAAAAAAUUAUUUACAGUUGAUAUCAAUUCGGAAAUAAACUAAAUUUGUUAAAUAAAUUUCAGUAAAAUCUUCCUGUCAGCAUUGUGAUUUCUAAUGUCAAAUUUUUUAGGCUGAAAUUUAUUUUCCAAAUUUUUUUUAACUCCUAGUUGAUAACGACUGUCAGUAAUUUUUUUAAGAAUAUAUAUCUCAGUGACAUUUUAACUGCGUUGUCCUUUUUUUAAUUAAUGCUUUAAUUUUUUUGAAAUUAAUUAACAAAAUUUGAAUAUUGUUGACAGUUCAAGAUCAUUGAAUAAUUUUUAAAAAAUGAGGGACGCUGUCUGAGAAUGCCCUUAAUUCAAAUUAUAUUUUAUAUUUCACGACAUUUACUGUCAGUUUUUAUCUUCAUUGCAAUACAAAUAAAAUAUCAAUAGAAAAAUAUUAAUAACCGUUUCCAAUAAUAGUAAUAAUUAUAAAUCAAUAUAAUUUAAAAAAAUUAUUAUUUUAAUACUUUGUACCCGUAUCGCUUUCUUAUGAAAUAUUUAAAUCUUUAGUUGUGAUUGUUGUUGUUAAGAAUGCGAUACUGAAAAAAAAUUAAAAAUGUAUACGAAAAAAAAAAGAAAAUUGCCAUUGAAUGAAAAUGUUAAAUAUUAAUAAAUUAACAUCGAGUUGCAGCGGCUUUUUUUAGAUACUAAAUUAAUAUGAUACAAUAAUUAAUAAAUAAAUAAAUAAAUUCGUAAAAUUUUUCAUAUUAAUUAUAACGAUGAUAAUUAUUACUGGAUAGUUUUAAUUGUUUAAAUAGACUCAGUUAAUUACAGUUUAAUAAAACAGUGCAAGUAAUUGUAAAUAGAUAAUAAUUCAGAUGUUAAUUAAUCGCGUGAAAAUGCUGAUGAUAAUUAAAAGUUAUGAAAAUUAGUUUUUGAUUAACUAAAUAAUGUGUAGUGAUUAAUUUAAAUUAAAGUUAAUCAAUAAUUAUUAAAAUAUAAUGCGUACAAUUGCAUUUUUUUAUCUUUCCCAUAUGCGCUAUUUGUUUUUUUUAAAUUUACAACAAAAUAAAAUCGUAUAAAUAAUAAAUAUAUAAAAUUCGUAUAGUUUACAGUAAAAAUAUGAUGGAUAAUGAUAACAAUGUGAAAAAAAUGUACUCUUGAUAGGGAAAGUGCAAUAAAAAUAAAUGGGAAAAUUUAAAACCUUUUAAA